AUGACGAACCACGCUGCCUUCGCCGCCGAGGACGCGGUCACCGCUGUGUCGCCGCCAGCGCAGGCAAGUCUCCAUUUCUCGUUGUUCCCACCGAGGAUGGCGAGCGACUGCAAGAAGGCCGCCCUGGGACGCAUGGACCUCGCCGCCUCCGGGGUGCUCAGGGAAGGGUCCUUGGUGGACUCCAUGAAGGCCUCGUCGCCCCGCUAUGCCAAGUUCGCCGCCGCCGCCGACCACGAGGACUGGAUGGAGAAGCACCCGUUGGCAUUAGAGUGGUUCGAGGCCGUGCAGGCGGCGGCGAAGGGGAACCAGAUCGUGAUGUUCCUGGAUUACGACGGCACCCUGUCGCCGAUUGUGGAGGACCCCGAAAGCGCCAUCAUGACCGAAGACAUGAGAGACGCAGUGAGGAGCGUGUCGCAGAAUUUUCCGACCGCCAUCGUGAGUGGGAGAGGCAGGGACAAGGUACAUUCUACUGCCACCAACGAGGAACUCUACUACGCCGGGAGCCACGGCAUGGACAUCAAGCGCCCCACCACAGUGUCCAACCACAAGGCAAAGGCUGACGAAGUUCUGUGCCAACCGGCGACCGAGUUUCUGCCUGUCAUCCAGGAGGUGUAUGAGGCGCUGACGGCUAAGAUGGAGUCCAUCCCGGGCGCCAUGGUGGAGAACAACAAGUUCUGCCUCUCCGUGCACUUCCGUUGCGUCGACGAGAAGGAAUGGGAUGUUCUCGGCGAGGAGGUGAGGGCGGUGCUGGAAGGCUACCCGGAUCUCUGCCUCACCAAGGGGAGAAAGGUCCUAGAGAUUCGGCCAUCCAUCAAGUGGGACAAGGGCAACGCCCUCGAGUUUUUGCUCGAGUCUCUCGGCUAUGCGGGACGUGGAGAUGUUUUCCUGAUAUACAUCGGUGAUGACCGCACCGAUGAGGAUGCCUUCAAGGUGCUGCGCGACAUGGGACAGGGAAUCGGGGUCCUUGUCACCAAGUUUCCAAAGGAGACCACAGCAUCCUACUCUCUGCGUGAGCCUGCAGAGGUGAAAGACUUCCUGCGUAAGCUGGUGAAGAGCAGUGUGACAAAGGGCUAAUUCAUGCAUCAUCAACCAUCUGAUAGCUCGAAAUGG